AUGUGUUGGGAGUGUGAACAUAAUUCUGUAAAGACAGAUUUCUUUGCAGAUAAUGACUUUGUAGUGCGAACUGCCGAAUCUGAUACAUCCUGCUCAGAAAGUGCUGGGGAUAACCGGAAUGAGGCUUCGAAAGAGGUUUUUGAAAUUGUUGUUACUAAUUCUUCAAAUAGUGUUGAUAAAGUUGAAAAUUACAAAAAACUUGAUGUGAAUGGUUCUGGCACAGAAACUGUGGCAGAUGUGAGUGUUUCAAAUUUAGUAAGUGGUGGAAAAGCUUCUGUUUUAAAUAGUAAAACUCUUGAAAACGUUAGUGUUUCAAACAUCAACACAGGUGAAAUUGAGAGUGCUUCAAAAAGUAAUGAUAUUGUUACAAUUGUGGAUAAUCUUGCUGUAACUUAUAACCCUCUGGAAACAAAUUUGUCUGAAUGUGAAGAUGAGGUUUCGAUUGGUAGUGAUAUGGAUUGUGGUGAAUCUGUAUCUGGUGACCUUAAAAAGAAACCUUUCAGGAGAAAGGUUUUAAUUAAAGGCCCGACAGAGUCAGUAUUAUUAAAAUGUACACAAGAACGGAUCGCCAAGAAAAAGAAAUCGCGUGUUAAUCUAAUAACUUUAUUUUCUGAUAUGAUACAAGUGUUUCAUCAAGAAUCUGGGUUUAGUCUUAUGGAAUUUAAUAAUGUAUUCUACUAG